AUGGCUGUUCAGCCAUUCACGUUCGACAACGUGCUCACGAUAACGCUUGGCAAGUACAAGCUGCUUUCUCACUCUCUACCAACUCGCAUCAUCACUCUUUUCACAAACACCAUGCUUUUCUCAACUCAAGCAGCGCAGGCUUUGAUUAUUGCUUCCGGUCUCGCUUUUGUAUCAGCUGCUCCAGCUCCCGUCCUUGUCGGCGUCGACGAAGUCAUUCUUUAUGGAAAAGGGCGUCUCUCGGUCAUGAAGCGCUCGGUCUUGAAGGAACUAGAAGACGCACGCAAUGCUGCCGUUGCACCACCAAAGCCCAGUUACCUCGAAGACAAUCUCACCACCUACGCUGGCAAGCAAGCGGCUGCACCCUUGUCACGGCUACGGAAGCGCGAUGACUCAAUCAUCAUUCCCAACCCGAACUCUCGCUUUUUGGGAUGGGACGUUCAAAUGAGUCAAGUCGUCAAAGGCGCACCCACGUCAAUCUCCGUCUCUUCUGGCUACUCAAUUGGCAAUUCAAUCUCGGUUGGCGCCGGCGUUGACCUCACACUCAUCAAAGACUUCCUCAGUGCCUCAAUGAGUACCGACUACACCCACUCGUGGACAAGUGAACAGAGUCAGCUUUUCCGAGCCGAUGUGCCCGAGGGAAAAUACGGCGCUUUUGUCAGCAACCCUUGGACCAACCGCGCUAGUGGCAAUGUCUGGACGGGCAGCAUAGGCGGUGACGGCACUUUGACACCUUAUCAAGCUGAUUCAUUUGACACCAAGAAGUUCGAUGCCAUGGAAUGGGUUGAUGGGGUCAUUAGCCUAUGCGUCGGUGACACCUUCCCGUUGAAGAGAUGCGUGGGCGAAGGCAAUUUGUGA